AUGCAAUUAUUCUGUAUAAAAAAUUGUAAAGCAUUAAAAAUAGUUUACAAAUUAUUUUAUAUGAAAACAGUUGAGCUAUGCGCGGGAUACUUCAACCUCUUAAAAACCAUAAUGGGUGCUGGUAUAAUCAGUUACCCAAUGUUUUUCUGUACAUACGGUAGUAUUACUGCUACUGUAUUUUCAUGUAUUGCUGCUAUUCUAACUUUCUUUAGUCUUAUGAUGCUGUGUGAGUGUGCAGACUAUGCAAAUACUCGGGAUAAAACAUUCUCUGCUGUUCUUAGUAAGAUAUGGCCUGGUAUAUCUGGGAUGUUCAAUGUAAUUGUAUUUGUUAAGUGCUUUGGUGUGAGUAUCUCAUAUUUAGUCCUGUUACAGCCCAUGCUUAUAUACCUCCUUAAAAUGACUGGAAUAGUAUACUUACAGAAUAUAACUAAAGUACAAAUAACUCUGUUGUACGUGCUGAUUAUGUUUCCUAUAUGUACAAUGAAAGACUUAAAGAGUCUUAGGUACAGUUCUAUGAUAGGUAUAUUUGGCGUGUAUAUAUGUAUAGCAGGCAGUAUAUAUAAUUAUAUGCUCAUAAGAGAUAAUACUCCUGAAUUAAUGCCAAAUCCUCCUUUUUUUAAUUAUCCUUCAUAUAAAUGGAUAGGAUCAGUGGGGCAGUUCAUAUUCUCAUUUACAUGCCAUCAGAAUAUAUUCAGUAUUAGAUCUUCUCUAACAAACCCCAGUAGUAAAAAUAUGAAAUACAUCACAGGGCUUGGUAUUGGUACUGCAUUAAUACUUUACGUUGUAUUUGGGUUUAUAAUUUAUAUGGCAUACGGUGAUAAAACACAAGAUAAUAUAUUUGUGUUAUUUGCUGAUGGGAAGAUUAAAAAUGCAGUGUACAUAUUCUAUACUCUGUUCAUAUCCUGCUCACUCCCCUUGCAAAUAUACCCAGCAAGAGACUGUCUAGUAGAAUGGGUCAGCACAAGAAGUAACAAAAAUACAUUUUCAAUCAGAGUAUGGUGCACUGGCCUACUUAUCACGGCAGCCGCCCUAAUUUCUUUACCUAAAAUAUCUCUAACAACCAUCCAAACAGUAGUUGGUGGUACUGCAUCUACAAUUAUGUGCAAUUUCAUUCCCGCUGUAUGUAUUAUGAAAAUACCCAGGAAGAAGUCAUACAUUGAGAAAAAUCACAGCAUUUCUGCUAGUAACUUACGGUAUACUUGCAGUUAGUGGGGUUUUUGUUAAAGUAAGC